AUGGCUACUUAUACAACAUCAGUUGAUACUCAAGAUCGAUUACUCGAAAGUCCAAUACGUGAGACUUCAAUCAAUACUGUGAAAUCAAUUCCGAUUUCAACACGAUAUGGUUAUGUUUUGGUAACACAACAAGGUGCAUCUGAUCGUCCAGUCAUAGUUACUUAUCAUGAUGUUGGAUAUAAUUCUACAACACAAUUCCAUCAUUUUUUUGCUUCUCCUGAAAUGAUACCAAUAACAGAAUAUUUUACAAUAUAUCAUAUUAAUGCACCAGGACAAGAAGAUCGAGCUAAUCCAUUACCGUCAACAUCUGUUUAUCCAACUAUGGAACAAUUAGCUGAAACCGUUAAUGAUGUAUUCGAUCAUUUAGAUAUUAAAACAGCAAUCGGAUUUGGUGUUGGUGUUGGUGCAAAUAUUUUAACACGUUUUGCAUUGAAAUAUUCAACAAAAAUCUAUGGUCUUAUUUUGGUUAAUUGUAUUUCACGUGGCAUUGGAUGGUUCGAAGGUUUUACUCUUAAAUGGCCAACACAGGAUAUGCCUCAAGAAACAUGGACUGAUGCACUUUUGACAUAUCUUAUUUGGUAUCAUUUAGGUUAUGAGAGUCAAUCAACACAUCCAGACUUAGUACAAGGACUUCGACGUCAUUUGGAAGAAAAUGUUAGUGCUAAAAAUGUUGUCAAACUUCUUAAUUCAUUUUUAAAACGUACACCUAUUGUAAUGGAACGACCGAAUGAAUCGAAUAAAACUGCUAAUCCACCUAUAAGUCUUAAUUGCAAUAUUAUUAAUAUAACUGGAUUUUCAUCACCACAUAAAGAUGAUGUUAUUGAUACGAAUGAUAAAUGUGAUCCAGCCAAGUCUUCCUAUGUUGAAUUUGCUGAUUGUGGUGGUGCUGUCCUCGAAGAACAACCAGCAAAAGCAGCUGAAGCUAUUCGACUUUUUCUUCAAGGUCUCGGCUUUAUAUCACAUUUGAGUAUUCCAAAAUUUUCAAUUGCAAAUCGUUUAACUGAACAAGCAGCAGAAUAUAAACGUCGUCAUGGCUCAUUAUCACGUGCACCACGUCGUUCUAGUGCACCAUUUGAUUCAGUUGAUUCAGGUCUUUAUCGUAAUGAUUCACAAGGCGAUGAAGUUGAUGAUGAUCCAAAUUAUUAUGGUCAUGAACUUCAACUUCGUGUUGAUUCAUUUGAUGAUCGAAAUGUUAAACUAUAA